AUGGCCAGAGUGAGUGGGGUCAAAAUUGAAAAACCCUACAUUUCAAAUCCCAGUGUUCUUCUCCAUCUCGAAUCAAUGUUCCCCAAAUCCCCAGCCGUAAGGAGAAAAGUUUUGAAUUUCAUAGAUGUUUUCCCGGGAAAAUUCUCAGGUCUAAGAAGACCUUCUUCUUCUUCAGCUACGAUCGCCGGGAGCACUUGCCCGCCUAGAGAUGACGUAGCUGUCAUCGCUGAGCUCAUAGAGAAGCAGCACUGGUCAAAGCUCGGAAUUCACGUGAAAGACAUAAACUCCAACGAGCUGUUUCAACAGUUGGUUUGUUCUGAGCUUGACCCAGAUUUGUGUCUCAGGUACUAUACCUGGUUAGUGAAGAACCGCAACGUCUCUGUUUCGCUAGAGCUCACAUUCAAGCUAUUGCAUUCUCUUGCGAACGCUAAAAGGUACUCAAAGAUCCGAUCUUUCCUUGAUGGGUUUGUGAGGAAAGGAUCUGAUCAUCCGGUUCACUCGAUCUUCCACGCGAUUUCAGUGUGUGACAAUGUUUGCGUCAAUUCGAUUAUCGCUGAUAUGUUGGUACUGGCAUAUGCGAGCAACUCGAGAUUCGAGCUAGGUCUUGAGGCUUUUAAACGCUCAGGUUAUUAUGGGUUUAAGUUAUCGGCUUUGUCUUGUAAGCCUUUGAUGGUUUCGUUGCUGAAGGAGAAUCGGUUCGCGGAUGUUGAGUAUGUACACAAGGAGAUGAUUAGGAGGAAGAUCCAACCAAAUGUGUUCACUUUCAAUGUCGUGAUCAACGCCUUGUGCAAAACGGGGAAAAUGAACAAGGCGAAGGAUGUUAUGGAGGACAUGAAAGUGUACGGAGUCUCUCCAGAUGUGGUCAGUUAUAACACUCUCAUCGACGGAUACUGUAAGCUUGGGGGAAUCGGGAAAAUGUACAAAGCAGACGCGGUUUUCAAGGAAAUGGUGGAGAACAAGGUGUCCCCGAGCUUGACUACAUUCAAUAUAUUGAUCGAUGGGUUCUGGAAAGAUGGCAAUUAUUCAGGGAGUGUGAAGGUUGUUAAAGAGAUGCUGGAUCAAGACGUGAAACCGAACGUGAUCACUUAUAAUUCUCUGAUAAAUGGUUUGUGCAGUGGAGGAAAGAUAGGCGAGGCUGUUGAUAUACACGAUAAGAUGGUGAGCGCAGGUGUGCAGCCUAACUUAAUUACUUACAACUCUCUUAUCAACGGGUUUUGCAAGAACAAGAUGCUGAAGGAAGCUCUUGAUAUGUUUGAGUCACUAAAAGGCCGAGGAAUCGUUCCCAGUGCUAAAACAUAUAACAUGCUGAUCGAUGCGUAUUGUAAGUCAGGAAAAAUCGAGGAUGGGUUUGCACUGAAACAAGAGAUGGAACAGGAAGGGAUUGCACCAAACGUUGAGACUUAUAAUUGCUUGAUUGGUGGUUUAUGUAGAAAUGAUAACGUAGAAGCAGCUAAGAAGCUUUUUGAUCAAUUGACUAGCAAAGGGCUUCCUGAUCUUGUGACAUAUCACAUCCUCAUGGAUGGUUAUUGCAGUAAAGGAGAAUCGAGAAAAGCAGCGAUGCUUUUGAAACAAGGGAUAUCAAAGAUGGGUCUGAAACCGAGACAUUUGACAUAUAACAUUCUGAUGGAAGGCUACUGUAAGGAAGGAAAUCUGAAAGCAGCAGCGAACGUGAGGAUACAGAUGGAGAAAGAGAGGCGGUUGAGGAUGAACGUGGCAUCGUAUAACGUGCUUCUACAAGGGUAUUCUCAGAAGGGAAAGCUGGAGGAGGCGAACAGGCUUUUGAAUGAGAUGCUGGAGAAAGGUCUUGUCCCGAACCGGAUAACCUAUGAGAUAGUUAGAGCAGAAAUGGUAGAUAAAGGUUUUGUUCCAGACAUUGAAGGGCAUCUCUGUAACGUCUCCACUAAAUCGUAA